AUGGUGAUGGACUCAAAGAUUGUGCAGAAAUUAAGGCCUUAUGUGGGAUUGCAAAAGCUGCUCUACAGAAAUGCAAUUGCGGCUGCCAUUUUCAUUCCUUUUGCCAUCAUUUUCGAUAGGAAAACAAGGCCAACAAUGACGUGGAGUGUCUUCUGGAAGAUAUUGCUGCUUGCCUUACUUGAUCCGGUUAUCGGUCAGAACAUGUUCUAUGCCGGCAUGAAAUAUUCAUCGGCCACAUUUGCUGCAGCACUGUGCAAUCUCAUUCCAGCUAUUACUUUCGUAUUGGCUUGGAUUCUCAGGAUUGAAAAUGUGAACUUCAAAAGCUUGCGCAGUAAUGCAAAGAUUAUGGGGACUUUGGUUACUGUUGGAGGAGCCAUGAUUAUGACUUUAAUUAGUGGUCCUAUAAUUGGAUUGCCAUGGACACAUGCAUCACACGAUAAUCAAGCUUCCGCAAAUCCUAAUGAUAAGGAAAAUCCCGUUAAGGGAGCUCUCAUGAUUUCUAUUGGUUGUAUUGGUUAUUCCGCCUUCUACACUCUUCAGGCAAUCACAUUGAAGUCAUACUCAGCCGGGCUUUCUCUAACGGCUAUGGUGUGUUCUAUUGGAGCCUUUCUUGGAACUAUUCUCACAUUCUUGGCCGAAAGAGGAAAUGUUUCGGUGUGGGCUUUUGGAUGGGACGCCAAACUCUUAGCAUACGUCUAUGGGAGCCAGAAAGCAACAGAAAUUUCCCAACAGAAAGCAAUCACAAACCCUUUAACAAAUGAUGAGUCUAAAGAUGACGUUUCAAAUGGCUCAAACACUAUAACUGGUCCUGACGCUGUUUAG